AUUAAUAAAGGCCUUACAUUUCCACUCCCUCUCCUCCGCUUUCCUCCGGAGCUGCGAAAUUUUGAGACCCCAAACGGACGAAGCGAAGACCACCCACCCCACCAGCCCCCGAAAUUCCCGCAAAUUACAAAAGCGCCCUCCCCUCGCCGCCGGGCGCCGGCGAUUCCGGCGAGUGGUCACCGGCGCAACCCCGGAGGCGGCGGAUUCCUCGCGCCCUCUGCCGGCGUUCCGCGUGGUUGCGGAGGAGCCGACGCUCGCCGUCACCGGCGAUGGGCAAUUCGCUGGGGUGCUCGGCCUCUGGCGAGCGGCUCGUGUCGGCGGCGCGCGACGGGGACGCCGUGGAGGCGCGGAUGCUGCUGGAGCUCAGCCCGGCGCUCGCGCGCUACUCCACCUUCGGCGGCCUCAACACCCCGCUCCACUUCGCCGCCGCCAAGGGCCACCUCGACAUUGUCACGCUGCUGCUGGAGAAAGGUGCUGACGUUAACGCGCGGAACUACUGCGGACAGACUGCGUUGAUGCAUGCAUGUCGGCAUGGGCACUGGGAGGUGGUUCAGAUGCUCCUGCUCUUUGGAUGCAAUGUUUCAAGGGCGGAUUACUUAAGCGGUCGAACAGCAUUGCAUUUUGCAGCACAUGAUGGAUUUGUUCGGUGUGUAAGGCUUUUACUUGUGGACUUUGUCCCAAGUGUUGCCUUGGAGGAUAUUGCCUCUGUGGUGGAUGGUGGUGAUUGUCAGACGAAUAGUGGGAGCAGUCCCAAUUCUUCAUCGGGACAGAAGUUUAAUGAAUCUGCCCGUGUGAGGUACAUCAACAAGCCUGCUGAUGGCGGUGUAACAGCACUUCAUAUGGCGGCGUUGAAUGGUCAUUUCGAUUGCAUGCAAUUGUUGAUUGACUUAGGUGCCAAUGUCUCAGCUGUCACGUUUCCCUACGGUACUACAGCAAAUUUGAUAGGAGCUGGCAGUACUCCUUUGCAUUAUGCAGCCGGUGGGGGGAGGCUGGAGUGCUGUGAGCUACUAAUAUCAAAAGGUGCUAGCAGGUUGACACUCAACUGCAAUGGGUGGCUUCCCAUUGAUGUUGCUAGGAUAUUUGGACGGUGUUCUGUGGAGCCAUUACUUUCUCCAAAUUCAAACUCGAGUGUCCCUGUAUUUCAACCAUCCAGUUACCUUGCCUUGCCACUCAUGAGCAUACUUAAUAUAGCCAGAGAAUUUGGUUUGCUGCAUACAAUACCCUACGUUGAUGAUAGCGAUCUUUGUGCUGUUUGCCUUGAAAGGUCUUGUUCCGUAGCUGCGGAAGGUUGUGGUCAUGAGUUCUGCAUCAAAUGUGCUCUCUAUCUUUGCUCAACUAGCAACAUCCGCGUCGAGUUCACAGGCCCUCCUGGGUCGAUCCCAUGCCCUCUCUGUCGGAAUGGAAUAAUGUCAUUCACCAAGCUACUAAGCACACCAACAGAAGGGCUAAAAUCAAGUUCAGCACUCACAUUCUGCAAUCCAUGCAUGCUAAACACUCGAUCUGUGGACUCGCCAGCAACUGUCUGCAAAUCUGAAAUCAGGCGCAACCGUGUAGCAGCUGUUUCUUCCGAGCUAGUUUGUCCACUUACCUGUAGCCCGUUCCCGUCAUCAGCCCUCCCGACCUGCAGGUGCAACAACGAUGAUCCAUGUGGUGCUACAGAAGCACAGGAUGGUUCCGAGGUCCAAUCUCCUCGGCCCUCACACAGCACAAGUACGGAGCUGGACAAAAGGGACGAGCAAGAUCUUGACCGGACCAGCUGCUCAGGCAUGUUCUGGAGUCGAAGAAGCUGCCACAGGGAGCAGCAGUGUAAUGCAGAAAUCAGCGCGUGAUUCUUUUUAUUUCUGGUUGUGAAUAUAUUUGGGUUCAUAGCAGCUCAAUGUGGGAGAUGAGCGCCGGUUGUUUUUUCCUCCCCAGCUGUUUCUCCUAUUUACAGACAACCUUUUCUUGAUUGGUAAACCUUCAGCCUUUGCUGCCGUAGUGUGUACUGUAUUGUAUUGUAACAUUUUUGUUACAAUUGGUCAUGUGCCUCUAGAUAGCUUCAAAAUCGCUAGUCAGUUACUGUUCUUUGUAGCUGUAUGUAAAUUACAGGAUUUGGAUUAAAUUGCUUUCUGAUUCUGAUGGUAAAAAAUUAUGUACAAUGAGUCAAAUACCCAUGUUAAUGAUAUAUAGAACUAGCAAUGUGGCUCACGUUAAUAGCAUGGCUAGUCUCGCUAUAAUAUUUUGGUACAAUAA